UCCGCUGUGUGCGCGCUGGAAAAGUCACUUGGUGGACGAAACGGACUACACAGAGCUGGACUACCCUCAGCUAAAUAAUAAUAAUAAUAAUAACAACAAUAAUAGCAGCAAUAAUAACAUAUCGGACUUUUAAUAUGAUUUAUGGAAGUGUCCGGUUUUAUUACAGCUUUGAAUCCGUUAUUUGAUGUCAGACAAGCGUGUUGUGGUGUGUUAGAGGUCGGUGGAAAGUCAACCGCUGUCACUGUUGAUUCAUGGACUCAACACGGACUUUAGCUCAAGGCAUUUCUGUCAAGGAGCUCAUGUACGGUUGACUUCAUUCACUGAAUAUCCAGAUUUCGGGAGCAUGAAGCUGUCUUUGGACAGUAUGGGCAUCUUGAAGAUUGUGCUGUUCAUCCUCCAGGCUGUGUUUCUGACUGACUGUGCAAGAGGACCUCCGCGGGUGUCUGACAAGGUGUCUCACAGACAGACGGCAAGACUCGGGAGCGCCAUCAAGCUGCCAUGUCCAGUGGAAGGAGACCCGCCGCCGCUCAUCAUGUGGACCAAAGAUGGGCGCAACAUCCACAGCGGCUGGAUUCGUUUCCGUAUCCUUCGCAUGGGCCUGAAGAUCAAGGAGGUGGAGGCAGAUGACACAGGGAUCUACAUCUGCAAGGCCACGAAUGGCUUUGGUAGCGUUAACAUCAACUACACCCUCAUCGUAAUUGAUGACUCAGGCUCUGACAAAACUGGACCUGGAACAGCUCGAGGAACAGAGUCAGAAAAACUUGUGCGUCCCCGCUUCACUCAGCCCUCUAAGAUGAGAAAAAGGGUGAUAGCUCGUCCUGUGGGCAGCUCGGUGCGGCUCAAAUGUACAGCCAGUGGAAACCCUCGACCGGACAUCGUGUGGCUGAAGGACGACACGCAGCUGACAGAGCAGGAGGUCGGUGAGGGCCGUCAAAAGAAAUGGACUUUGAGUCUGAGGAACCUGACGCCAGAGCACAGCGGCAGAUACACCUGCAGGGUCUCCAAUCGGGCGGGAGAAAUCAAUGCCACGUACAAAGUUGAGGUUGUACAGAGGACAAACUCCAAGCCUGUUCUAACGGGCACUCACCCAGUUAACACGACCGUCGACUACGGAGGCACCACGUCGUUCCAGUGCAAAGUGAGGAGCGACGUGAAGCCCGUCAUUCAGUGGCUCAAACGUGUGGAGUCCAACGAGGAAAGCCGCUACAACUCCACCAUCGAGGUGGGGGACCACCGGUUCAUGGUGCUGCCCACAGGGGAGGUGUGGUCGAGGCCCGACGGCUCCUACCUCAACAAGCUGCUCAUCACCCGUGCCAAAGAGGAGGACGCUGGCAUGUACAUCUGCUUAGGCGCCAACACCAUGGGCUACAGCUUCCGCAGCGCCUUCCUCACUGUGCUGCCUGACACAAAACCUCCCACUGCGCCCAUGUUUUCACCAGCCUCUGGCUCCCUCCUCUGGCCUGUCAUCAUCGGCAUCCCUGCUGGAAUAGUGUUCAUCUUUGGCACAGUGCUGCUGUGGUUCUGCCAGAACAGAAAACACUGCCCUCCUCCCAGUGCUCCAGCUGCGUCUGCGCAGGUACUGCAGAGCUCCCACCGACUGCCAUAUCGAGAGCGGGACAGGGCCUGCGCGGCUCCGCUGUCCAGCUCUUCCAGCCCAGAGAAAGACUGCGUGAACUCUGUGAACUAUGAGGAGUACCUGGCACAGCAGCAGCUGCUCCUCAGCCAGGGAGCACCAACACUCCACCCUAAAAUCUACCCCAAAAUCUACACAGACAUUCACACGCACACUCACUCUCACGUGGAUGGUAAAGUACAUCAGCAUCAACACAUUCAUUUUCAGUGUUAGCCUUAGUGCCAAAUACUCCCCACUAACUGCUCCAGUAUCUCACAGGGACAGUGAGCUGCGGACCAAACUGCAGCUCCCAAGUGACAUUACACCUGGCAUUACUCCUCAAAAACAUUCUCACACCUGGACAUUGUUGGGAGAGCAUGCAUUUGUAAAAAAA